AUGGCUCCAAAUUUAAAUGGAGUUAAAAACUCAAUACAUUCUUUGGGCAUACGUCAUGGAGAGAAUCUACGAAUAACAGUAGCUGCCAAUCAGGGCGGACGUAAAUAUAUGGAAGAUCGCGUACAUAUUGAAACUGUUAGGGACAAGAAUGGUUCUAUUAAAUUUACAUUCUGCGGUAUAUUUGAUGGCCACGGAGGACACGAAGCUAGUGAAUAUGUUAGGAGAAAUUUGUUGAACAACAUUAUGGCAAGUGAUCUAUUCGACUCGGACGACGAUGAUGAUGUACUGGAAGCGAUUCGUCUGGGUUUCCUCGCUACACAUCAUGGAAUCUGGAAAAUAGUCUCUGAGUGGCCCCGAACUGCUUCCGGAUAUCCUAGCACUGCUGGAACGACAGUGAGCAUUGCUAUUAUUAGAAACGGGAAACUCUACACUGGCCAUGUUGGCGAUUCUGCGAUUAUCUUGUUGAAGCGAUCAUAUCUCAAGGACAAUUCCGAGGAUCUUGUUCCUCUUAGGUUGACGGUAGAUCACAAGCCUGAAAGUGAAGAUGAACAGGCUAGGAUCCGUAUAGCAGGAGGAUCGGUGGCCUUAAAGAGUGGCGUGGCACGUGUUGUAUGGACUCGUCCUCUCAAGCAUCACAUAGGUCCAGUUAGACGCAGUACGCCAACGGAGAGUAUUCCCUUUCUCGCAGUUGCUCGAAGUUUAGGUGAUGUGUGGUCCUACUGCGAAGAUACCAAAGAAUUUAUUGUGUCUCCGGAACCUGAUUUGGCGGUUCGAGAAAUUACUGGGGAUGACGUAUGCCUUGUUCUCGCAUCUGACGGCCUGACAAAUGUUCUUGGACCAAUUCAGGUUGCUGCAGUCAUUGAUGAGGAAGAAUGUGUCACUCAAAUUGGAGUUGACAGAUGUGAAGAUUUAGUUUAUCGUGACAAGCACACUAACUUGGCUAGAGUUCUGGUUGCAAAUGCAAUACGCAAUUGGCGACAUCUUAGAGCCGACAACGUAACGGCUAUAACCGUAAUGUUCGACUCGCCCUAUGCCGACUUGCCACCGGAUCACCCUUGCGUGGAAGAAUACAUUGAGAACAACUAUUCAAUCGACAAAGUAUUCAUAGACGAUCCAGAAUGUAUGAUUAGGAUCUCUCCAUCCGCAACUUUGAAACUGCUCACAUACCGGACUCCUAUUGUUUACAAAGGCGCCAGAGAUCCGCACUUCUCAGUCGUCGACUACACUGGGCCAGGAUUCAUGACACACACUGAAGAACGUUUAUUAGAAGAACGAUAUCGAAAAUCAUAUCAUGAAGCCACUGAUGGAAUUGAUAACGGACUUGAGAUUGCAUCAGAGGCAGCGAUAAGUUCACAGAUGGACGCUAGCAUUAUUUGCUCGGACGUUGCAGAACCUACAAUUACCGUGCCAAAAUCCAACGGAUGUGAUGAUCGAAUCAAGCCGACUAGAUCUGGUACACCUUUACUGAUCGAGAGUCAUGAGGAAACAGUAGUCAUCAGCACUGAGAUGAAAACAACUCCAAAAGCUGUUGAUAUAGAUGAGGAUGGUACAGACGAAGAAGAGGAGAUGCAACCGGCUCCGAUGUCGCAAGGAACCAAUAAGCGCCUUUCCAAGUCGCCGAACAGUAGAGAUGACGCUACAAUUGUGCCAGAGAAGCGGAUCACUAGAUCCGCCUCCCGAGCGCCGAACGAGGACUGCUCGACCCCAUCUCGCACACUUGGUGUUGCGGUUCGACGUGCAUCAGGGACACUUACUAGAAGGGGACCGUGUCGAUCAGCUUGUGUUAACGUGGAGGAUAAGGUAAUUACUCCAUCGGGAUCGGUCGAUAUCAAGAUACAUGUCGAAAGUUCAAUGACACCUACUUUUGGAAUGAUUACUAGAUCGCGCGAUCGCAGUUCGACAACGUUGGUGGUUGAUGUACGUUCCCCGACUCCGCGGAGUGCUGCGAAACGAAGUGCUAUUCCGGUACCACAAAUCCGAUCGGUUUUAAAUGAAACCGAUUCACCGCUUCCACCUACUCCAUUGACCGGCAGUCGAAAGAGAUCACAUCGUGUGCUGCCUUUGGAUUCUUGCGGUGUCACACCUAUCGUUCAUCGGCUUAAUCUGGAUACAGCCCGACGAAACUCAUCAGAUUUAAGUGAUACAGGGUCCAGUGCUGUUCCACCAAAGGUGAGAAGUGCGCCAUCUACACCUUCUAAAGCAUGCAGUAGCUCUUUUCGCAUGGGAAGCAAAUGGUCGUUGUCGAAAUUGGAUGGAAAGUCUUCGCUAAAGGAGGAGUCAUCGGGAGCCUUGGAGUUGGGAGAACCACCAUCAAAAAUGCGGCGGAUAUAUGGCUUCAUGCGCCGUCUUGUCGGUUUUGGCCUUGGAAAUGGACAGUAG